AGCGUCACCAGCGCUCUCUCCCUCUCUUAUAAACAGCCCGAGGCACCGGGUCGCCGCAAGACCCGGCUUAUACUAUCUCGCAAUGGCCGCCGCCACUAUAUCCGCAGCGUCGGUCGCCCGCCAGAUCACAGCAUACCUCGAUAUCUCUCCCCAUUCCUUCAGCGACUCAGAUUUUCUUUUCUCCUCGAACUCCUCUUUAUCCUCCUCUUCUACGCCGGCUCUUUUCCCCGAUCUUUCAGCGGCCUUCCCUCCCGUUGACCUCGACCCGAACGCACCACAGCUCUUCUAUGACCCGCUUUUGGUCCCGUCUGUGUUCCCUGGGGAUCCUGCUUCUUCGUCGGGUUCUGAUCAGUUCAACGACUUAACGACUGCGGCUGGAUACCCGUCAAUCACCACAACUACGGCGGACGACAUCGACUGGACGGCCUUGGGCUGCUUGCCUCAAAGCGAGCAUCCUGCCAAUAGUCUUGGGAGUCAGAGCCAGGGACUUACUCCUAGCGUUGACUCUCCUGAUCCCCCGUUCAAUUCCACCCAACCAAGAAUACUCACCACAGACCUAUCCACGACCCAUAUCACAACUACAAAGCCGAUACAACCUCAACCCAUGCCCUCCGUGACAUCUCUUUCCACCUCCCGCGAAUCAUCUCCCAAAGAGAAGGAACACUUGUCACGCAUCACUAAGCGCCAGCUUAACACCCUGGCCGCAAGACGAUACCGCCAGCGCAAGCUCGACAAGGUAGCUCAACUCGAGGAGGAACUGGCAGCCGUGAAGCGCGAACGGGACGAAUUGAAGAUGCGUGUUUCCAAGUUGGAGGGGGAGACUGAGGUGCUGAGGAGUAUGGUCAAAGAUAAGAAUUAGGACUACGUAGUUAGGAUUUGGAAAUGGAUUGUUCUCUGGUGACCUGAAAAACGUAGCAUCAGUGUUUAUGGUCCCGUACUUGC